AUGGCAUCGCUGUUUGGCGCGCUCCAGCGCAACUGGAGAAUGAUCAACCCUCCCACGCCGCUGCCACCAAAGGCCGAGAAUGCAUUGCGCAUUGGCAUCCUAGGUGCAGCCAAUAUCGCCCCCGUGGCCCUGAUCAACCCGGCCAAGCUCCAUCCCGAGGUCAUCGUACAGGCUGUCGCUGCCCGCGACAAGACCAAGGCGGCUGCCUAUGCGAAGAAACACGGCAUUCCUCAGGUCUUAGGCAGCUACCAAGAAAUCCUUGACGACCCGUCCAUUGACGCCGUCUACAUCCCGCUACCAAACGGGCUGCACUUUGAGUGGGCGCUCAAGGCCCUGGCCAAGGGCAAGCACGUCCUGCUCGAGAAGCCGGCCUUCUCCAACGCGGCCGAGGCCGAAAAGCUCUUGCAGUCUCCCAAGCCGCAGCAGCAGCCUGCCCCGGUCCUCCUCGAGGCUUUCCACUACCGCUUCCACCCCGCCUGGGCACACUUUCUAUCCUUUGUCGACCAGCCCAACAUUGCCCAUGUCACGGCCAGCUUGAACCUUUCCUCAAUGUUGUUCGCCAAGGACGACAUCAGAUUCCGCUACGACCUGUCCGGCGGCGCCCUCAUGGACCUUACCUAUACCAUGUCGGUUCUGCGCGGCGUCUACGGCACUGAGCCCGAGGAAUGCACGAGCUGCGAAGUGGGAACUAUGGACCCGCCCAACGAACUCUGCGACUACAAGUACGACGGCACGUGGCGUUUUCCCAACGGCGGCACAGGAGAGAUGCACGGUACGCUGCGGGGCGGCCUGGUCCAGAUGCUCCGCAGCCUGCCGUCGGUAACGGUGACGCACCGGGCCGUGGCCGUGGAGCCGCACGAGUACGCCAAGUCGUCAUCGGCGGUGGUCCCGACCGCGGGCCAGGAGACGGUGCGCACCCGCACGGUGACGCUGAACAACUACAUCAUGCCGACCCUGUGGCACCGCAUCGACGUCGUCGACGACUUUAUCGUCCGCGACAAGACCACGCUCGAGCCCAUCCACCGCUGGAGCGCCAAGCAGACGGCAAAGGCCUACACGCGCCGCGACGCCGGCCUACCCGAAGAUGACGCCGCCGCCGCCGCCGCCGCCGCCGCAGCCAGCCCGCCGUCGUGGUCCACGUACAAGCACCAGCUCGACGCCUUCGUCGACCGCAUCCGCGGCCGCCCAGGCACCGGCGCCUGGGUCACCGCCGAGGACACCCUCAACCAGAUGCGCAUGAUCGACAUGGCCUACAGCAAGGCUGGCUUGGCGCUGCGACCGACCAGCAGCUUUAAUCCGACGCUGGCGGUGUAA